AUGGACAUAUUUUGUUCUGGCACACCGGCCGGCCUUUGCGACAUUAGGGCAAACACUUCACGGCCCACCGGUUACCGAAACAUCGCCGGGUCUCUCCUGACCCGACCGUGGAUUGGCAUUAUUGUACUUGUGGCUAUGACCGCAACUGCUACAGCGUCCCCUCCUGUCGGACAACAGUUCCUUGACUCAAACUCCACAAGCUGGCAUAAAUAUGUCAGAGCACCAGGAAGCAAAAUUAUUCCUCCCGCUCGCAUCCUCCCCCAAUAUACCACGGGCAACGUGACCAACACGGAUGGCCUGCUCCAACAUGGGUCUGGUCCGACUGUUCUUACGCGACUGGGAACAGAUGACGGAGUUCCGUCCUUCGUCAUUGAUUUUGGUAUCAAUGUCGCCGGCCAGCUGUCAAUUGACUUCGCCGGAGCCUACAACACCACGGCAGGUUUUCCUGGUAUUUCGUUGGCUUUUUCCGAAACCCUACAAUACCUAUCCAACCGGAGUGACUUUACCAGGUCUGAUAAUGCCGGGGGUAACUUAAAACUGACAUCCGGCACUGAUCAAGUGGCCGUGAAACCAGAGCCCUAUUCAUGGACAAAUCAACUCGGCUGCGAGUAUGGCACGCAGGUGUGCGCAGAUGGACUGCAUGGCUUCCGCUAUGUCAAAAUUCGACUGACUUCUCUACCCACUGACUCUCCAUACACUUCCGCAUAUGGCUCGGUGUCAAUUUCAGCCAUUAACCUCCAGUAUUCUGGUUACCUUGGCACUCCCGAUACGUUUACAGGUCAUUUCGAGUGCUCCGAUCCAGAUAUCACGCAGUGGUGGUAUGAUGCCGUGUACACAAAUGACCUUUGUACGGACAGUUUUCUUUCCAACACCACCGAGCCGCGGAAUGCUGCAAGUCCAUCGUUACUUGGAAAACUUGUCUUACUUGAUGGUCCAAAGAGAGAUCGGGACCCUUACGUCGGUGAUCUCGCUGUUUCAGCACUAACUACGUAUCUGUCGCACAAUACCAGCGAAGCGUCCUUGAACGUCCUCGAAGAUCUUGCUCGUCACCAGAGAGACGACGGCUGGAUACCUCCUGCUAGCAUAGUUCUUGUCAAAGUCUUAGACGAGUACUACGUCUCUAACACCAACACCGCAACAUCAUUGAUAGAACGCCCCGGAGGUACAGGUGACUUUGCUUUCCUUCCUCGCACCGGGCCUGUUACAUACUACAACGCUCUCUAUAUACACGCUCUGCAAUAUGCAGCGAAUGUGGCUCAAAUUCUCAACAACUCCGAAGAUGCAUCACGCUGGCAAAUCCGGGCCUCGGCGGUUGGACAAGCCCUCCUUAAACGAAACUAUGACACCAGCGCUGGUGCAUUCUUUGAUGGCGGUCCUUGCUCAAACAACACCAUCUGUCCAACCCACUCUCAGGAUGGCAAUAGCUUAGCAAUUCUUUCUGGCGUUGUCCCCAGUGGCCUAUCAUCCGACACCAGUAUUGCCGAAUCAAUAUUGGCUUACAUGAACCGGACGAUGUAUAAACCAUAUGGGAAUGCUUUCUACGACAACAACAUCUUGGAUCCCGGUGGCGAUUACGUAAACCGUGUCUAUGCGUUCACCUCUUAUUUCGAGAUCGCUGCGAGGUUUGAAACAUCGCUCAAGACCUCUCAAGGUGCCCUGGAGGAAACGCGAAGGCUCUUCGGAUGGAUGGCUGGACAUGAUCCCACAGUAACAGUCUGGGAAGGCAUUGGAAAAGAUGGCACUCCGUACGAAUCUGGGUUCACAUCCAUGUCUCAUGGCUGGUCCACAGGAAUUGUGCCUCUCUUAGUUAACUAUGUCCUGGGUGUAAGUCCUGCUGCACCCGGCUUCAAAAAGUGGAGAGUGAAGCCAGUUUUACCAGCUAUGGAUAACGUUAGUUGGGCAAGUGGACUCGUGCCUACACCAGAUGGGGGAAUCUGGGUUCAGUGGGAAAGGCGUCGUGGGACCUUUGUAUUGCUCGUCAGUGCACCAGAUGGAACCGAAGGGACAGUAACCAUUGCUCUAUCGGCUGGCGAAUCCAGCUCAGUCAGCGUGGAUGGAACGGUCGUCUACAGCCAGAAGGACAGAAAAGUGGGUGAUAACAAUGGCUACGUGAGCAUUUCUCUUCAAGGUGGCAGGCAUAUCAUAAUUGUCCAUUGA